GGGCACUCCCCUUUCGCCGUAGAGGCCAUUUCGGGAAGACAGAGAGCUAACAAAUUCCGCCAUUAUCGUCUUCCUCCAUGCACCUCUCUGCACACCCACACCAGAGCUCCCUACACCAAUCCGUUCUCCUCCCUUCCACCUUUUAUCCUCUCCCAAUUCUGCCUAUUGUGAAUCUCUCCUCUUCCUCAUGACUCCGGCUUUCUCCUCCUCCUCCGCCACCGCCGCCUCCUCCCAGCGCCUUAUCCGCUGCAGCGCCUCGCUCCGUCGGACACACGCUCCGCACCGACCUUCAUCCACAUCCCCUCCGCCGAGGAAGCUGAAGCCAAUGGCGGAGGUAAUGGCCAAGGCCAAGCAUGUGGUUCUCGAACGGGACGAUUACGAUGACGUCAGGUGCGAGGAAUGUGGCUCCGGCGACCGGGAUGAUGAGCUGCUGUUGUGCGACAAAUGCGACAAGGGGUUUCAUAUGAAAUGUGUUAGUCCGAUCGUCGUUAGGGUCCCGAUUGGAUCCUGGCUUUGCCCCAAAUGCUGUGGCCAAAGAAGAGUAAGAAGCUUUUCUCAGAAGAAGAUUAUCGAUUUUUUCAGAAUUCAGAAAUGUAAUGACGAAGAAGCCCCAUAUCUGUCUGCUCAAGCUAUAAAGCGUAGGAGACGAUUACGGCCAUUGGUGUGGCAGAAGAAAAGGAGAAGAUUACUACCAUUUCGUCCAAGUGAAGAUCCUGAUCGCAGAUUGAAACAGAUGGGUUCACUUGCUACUGCUUUAACAACAUUGAAAAUGGAGUUUAGUGAUGGUUUGACUUACGUGCCGGGCAUGGCAUCAAGAUCUGCUAACCAGGCAGAGUUUGAAGAUGGUGGAAUGCAGGUUCUUUCCAAAGAGGAUACUGAGACCUUGGAACUCUGCAGAGCCAUGAGCAGAAGAGGCGAAUGCCCUCCCCUUUUGGUUGUUUUUGAUUCAUGUGAAGGUUUUACGGUAGAAGCGGAUGAUCAAAUUAAGGAUAUGACGUUUAUUGCCGAAUAUACUGGUGAUGUGGAUUAUCUUAAAAACCGUGAACACGAUGAUUGUGAUAGUAUGAUGACCCUUCUUUCAGCAAAAGAUCCAUCUAGGAGUCUUGUCAUCUGCCCCGACAGACGUGGAAACAUCGCUCGGUUUAUUAAUGGAAUAAAUAAUCAUUCUCCAGAAGGUAAGAAGAAACAGAACUGUAAAUGUGUGAGAUACAAUAUUAACGGCGAAUGCCGGGUCAUUUUGGUUGCUAUUCAGGAUAUUGCUAAAGGGGAGAGGCUUUAUUAUGACUACAAUGGAUAUGAGUAUGAUUACCCUACUCAUCAUUUCGUUUGAGAAUAUCUUAGGAUACUUCUAACAAUUUUGGGAUUUGAUUUGUCCCAUACAGUUUUUUCUCCAUUUUCUUAUGCUGAAUCUUGUUGCUAAGUCAACAGUUUUUGCUGAUUCUAUCAGAGUAAUUUGUGUUACAUUUCCUCGGCUGAGAACAGGAGGGAGGGAGGGACGGACGGUGGGGGUAGGGAUGUCGAUUUUUCCCGAGUUUUGGUAG